GACGCCCGCGUGAUGGCGGCGGGCGGAGCGCCGCCCCGCUGAGGGCGCCAAGAUGGCGGCGCUGCGGGACGGGGACUUCGCGGCGCUGCAGAUGCUGCUGAAGGCGCCGUCGAAGGACGCCGUGCGGCAGCUGUGCCAGGAGUGCUUCUCCAGCCCGCCCGCCGCGCUCGGCCCGCUGGCGCAGCGCGCCUGCCCCGGGCUCGCCGUCAGCGCCCAGGAAGCGGAGCAGCUGGUGUCUGCUUUGCACAACCUCACCAGGCACGUGGUGUACCGCGGCUUGACCAGGGCAGAAGACAUCCUCUGUCUCUUCCCAGAAAACUUCCACCAAAAUCUGAAAAACCUCUUGACUAAGAUAAUCUUGGAGAAUAUCUCUGCUUGGAGGAAUGAAGCACAAGCCAGUCAGAUCUCCUUGCCUCGGCUGGUGGACAUGGACUGGAGGGUGGACAUCAAGACAUCUUCAGACAGCAUUGCAAGAAUGGCAGUCCCCACCUGCCUGCUGCAGUUAAAGAUUCAGGAAGAUGCUGCCUUAUGUGGAAAUAAUCCUGUUGUUUCUGCACUGACUGUGGAACUGAGCAAAGAAACCCUGGACACUAUGUUAGAAGGUCUGGGGAGGAUUCGGGACCAACUUUCUGCCGUUGCAAACAAGUGAAUGCUCAAGCACAUGGAUUCCAGCAGCAAGGAAGGGAAGUAUUCUCUACCAACAGCUGUCAGAAGUUGCAAUCUAGUGUAACAUGUUGUCUAUUUCAGCAAAAUGAAACUAAAGAGGUUUCUUUCUUGAAUUAAUGAGAUAGCUUUUGAAAAGCUGACAGUCAAAUAUUCAUUUGGUUGGAUGCCAAAAAGUGGUUUCCCUUUAUGUUGUUGAACAAAAGCUGUUCACCGUUUCAGGAGAGAAUUUGAGGGCUCAGAGCCUGGCUUAAUCACAAGGGUCAUAACUGGAAACAGCAAAUAGCUGCAGCCAAUGAAGCAAGUUCUAUCUCUGUCCUGAAAUGAGAAUCUGAAAGGCUCAAGCUGGGUAAUGGGCUGCCUUCCAGCAUUAGAAAAGGAGGGUGCUUCUCUCUGGAAUGUGCUUGUACUGAGGUGCCUGCUGGAUGUAGCACUCUCUCCCUCUCAAUGAAGCACAGCCAUGGUGCAGAUUGUUAUUACAGGAUAAUGCAUUGAAAUAGGGCAAUUAUGCUACAACACAUUCCCUUCUGAUCAGCUUUGCAGCACCAUUUGCAAAAUGACUGUUCUGAACAUCCUUAGCAGGAACUAAUUUCCUCCUUCUGUUUGAAAGGAAAAAAAGGAGUUCAGGUAAUUUAUUUUUGGGUUUUGUCCAAUAAAGCCUUUGCCUUUGCUGCACAUAAACCAAACUGGGAGAAUAAAGAAUUGAAGGCUGUUUCCUGUGCUGUAGGAAACCCCUCUGUGGCAAUACGUGCCCACACUUCUCCAAAGAAUUCUGUUGUCUUUGUAAAUCUUCAUUUAAUUAAAGAAUGAACUGCUAA